AAAAUAGAAUUAGUAGACCUACUGAGCGAUACGAAGUCUCUAUAGUUUAAAAAUAAAAAACAACCGGAUUUAGUAAAGGGAAGGAACUCUAUCUUAUAUAAGUUCAGACAAGGAGAGUUAUCCUUUUUUUAAUUGAAACGUUAAUUGGAUUAAUUUUGGAUGCUUUGUAUGAAAAAAAAACAACCACUUUCUGUAAUAUUAGUCAAUUUUCGUUGCUUGUGGAAGCGAAUUUUUAAGAUUUUAAAACUAAAUACUUGUGUGCGUGUCGGGCAAAUGUGUGACCUUCACCUUAAGGACAACUCCAGCAUCCGGUGACCACCUGGCCCCUGGCUAAAUGGUUAAAGUGGCCGACAGACGCCCCAACAACAAUCCAGUGUCUUCAAGAUGGGUAGCACCCCCUGCCUUACCCUGCUGACUGCCGUAGUCUCUCUGACGUCCGUGCUUAUCUCACCAAUCCAUGCCUUUCAACAGCCCAGCUUCAGCCGGUACCUGACGCUGAAGAAACACGAACUCUUCCACAACUCCCAGCCGGAGGCUGCAGACGAAAGGAGGCGAACAUUCCCUCGCACGAACGAUAACUCCGAAACCAAGGAAGCCGGAAAUUUCCGGUUUUCUACAGACUCGACAAAUGUCAAAACGAAGAUUGCAGAAGGAAACAGGCGAAUAUUCUCUAAUUCGAAUUAUAACGCUGAUACAACGGAAGCCGGAAAUUUCCGGCAUUCUUCAGAUACGAACAAUUUUAUCGUUUUUUUCUCUAUUGAACUCGUCCUCUCCUCUGCGAGUUGAUAAUGCUGGGGUGGAUAACGCACUCAACGUGAAAUUGAAACAGCCAUCCCUCAGAGCUAUACAUAAAAGACUUGUGGAUUAUAUACGCCAAUCCACACCCACAAAAGACCGGAAUCAUUACGUCAGUAAAAGAUCUUUAGACGAGGUAUCAGACUCCAGUACCAGCGAUGCUUUUUCCGGAGAAAACGGUUUAGAAAAACAAAGAGACCCACCGUAUAACGAGAUGGUUGAUAAUAACGAGGAAGGGAGGAAUGAUAAGAAUAAUAAAGGAUGGUUUGCCGGCAACGGUGCCGGAACUCAGCCGGAAGAUCUCGAGCUGAUGCUGGAUGACGGGUUCAUGCUGGUACCGUUGGAGGUGCUGGAGGCGAACCUGCAAGAAGACCGGCAGCCGGCUGAGGAUAUGGAAGAUAAAGCUAGUCCAUACGGCGGCCGGCUAGACGGUUGGGGUGACCGGUCCGUUGAUGAUAUGAUCAGUAUGCUGAAGAGAGACGAACAUACAGAAUACUUAGAAAAGCUCCAAAAAAACAACAAAGCCAAAAACAAACCAAGAAAACAUGGGGGGAAUAAAGAAACCAAAAAGGAGGAAGGCACGGUGAAGCAAGCGUUGACGACGCUCACACAAAGUGCAUCACUGAGGCCGGGAUGUGGAGAGGACAGGAGAGGCUAUCCUAUGCUAGAGUGCUCGUCCGACCCCAACAUCUGUGUCAAGGACGAAGAGAUCUGUGAUGGGGUCAGGCAAUGUCCGAAAGGGGAGGAUGAGGCGUUUCGCACGUGCUCGAUUCAUCACCUGAUGCUCCACUGGUUUAGGAAGUUUGAAAAAUUAUUCCAAAUCGGGUUCGCCAUGCGCAACCCUUUGUAACCACGGCAACAAGAACAGCCUCGUUCUGACACUGUUCCAAGUCUACCAUUGAGAAAACAUUCGACGCUAUCGACCUCUAAUUAGUCUAAUUAGUCUAAUCAGUCCAAUCACCAGACUGUAAUCAUUUUAUGACUUGAUGACUUUACAACCCCGAACACUUCCUGUGUUGCCCACGGUACACAAAAAAAGUGGCCCACUUGUCCACUAUUCCAACAACAAAUGUUCACUUCCGGUUUGGAAACAAAAAGUGUCAAGUCUUUCUAAAUCAAUUCCUCUCGGCGUGGACUGUCGUGUUUCUGUAAUAAACAACUUGAUACAAAUGAGGUGAAUUUUAGAUUGGCAUUUUCUUCUUAAUUUUCACAUGUCCGUUGUUGAAGCUAUACAGUUAAUUAAUCUAAUACCAAAAUUACUUCAUUA